CAACAUUCUUUGAUCAUAAGAUUUCUCUCCAACUCAGCUUUUCAGCCUCCAGAAGGAUAACUUAUCAUCUAUGUCUUUCGCUGUCAGGCUCAUCGCCAACGCACUAGCUAUCGGGAGUCCUGCAAUUGUCCAACGAAUCUCGCAAUCCGAUCACUCUCAACAGUAUCGAACUCAAGAGCGACUAGCUUCUGUCCAUCAUAAAGGACAAAAUGCCGCAGAGCUCCGAAGCCACUUCGCCUCCGUCAACUUCCCUUCCAGUAAACGAUGCCACAACUUAUGGAACCAUGAGGCCCAGUGGUGCCGCAAGAUCGAACGGCAACUGUAAAUUGAAAACCCCUGCCGACGAAGGGAUCUCAGAAUUCUCGACGCCUCUUACAACACCAGCUUCGGAGACCUCUUCAUGGCUAAACGGAUCCAGGAAACUCAGGAAUGGGUUGAAUUCCUCGACAAAGGACAACAUAAUUCAAACAAGGAAAACACUAGGGGAAGAAUAUGCUGGCAGGGACACAAUAAAUCUGAGUCAUUGCCGACCAUUACGUCGUCCUCCACCAGCUGUAAUGAGAUGCACAGCUCCGUCACUUCCAGGCCCACAGACAAACCAAUACCUGCCGCGAAUAAAAGUACCAGCAUUGUGGCCUAGUCCACACAUCUUCGGAGGCAUUUCUCAGACGUUUCCACGGGAAAGAAAAGAUCUUUCAGAGGAGGAAAAAGCCAGAGUCGAACUUAUGAAAGACGUGGAACAACUCGUGGAAACAGAAAAAGCCAUGGACCAAACACGAAAUAACAGUCACAACACAGUGGAAGCAGGGUGGAUCUGGAAACAUGAUGAAAUGAUCCGCACGGCUCCUUCUGGGGGGACACUGGCGACGCUUAUACUGGAUGUUGAAGGUAGCACUCAUGUUUACAUCCUUGAUGUUAGAGCAUGUGAAAAGCUUGCAAGGGAGUUGAACAGAGCCAUUCAGAUUGAAGCGAGGAGAGCGGAGGCGGAGGAGGAGAGAGAAGAAAGAAAGGCGACAAGCGCUUCAGAGAAAAGUGUCUGGGCACCUUUAUUCGGAGCGUUCGGUACAUAG